CUUGCAUAUUGUUAGAUUUAUAAUUGAUUUGUUGAACGCUUUAUAUACUCAAGCUAAUAUAAUAAUCGUAAAAAGAAUGAAAGCCGACGGCUUUUAAUGACAAUGAGUAUCACUAUUUGUCAAAGAAAAGUGAAAAAAAAACAUCUUUACAAGAAACAUGAUUUACUUAAAAGUGAUACGAGGAAAGAGACUCGAUCGGUUCUGAUUUCCAAUUUCUAUAAUGGCAUUGCGCGUACGUCGCAAGUCAUGUGUCGAUUUCUCUUUUUAUUAUACAAGAGAGCGUGUAGUCGCGAAGAAGAAAAACCAUUUAACGCAUCGUUGUUGUCGAGCAACAUUUCAACGGUUUUUACGCGACAAUUCGAUUGUUCAGUAUUUCUUAUGACGAACCCGAUUCGUCCGACAAACUGCGGCGACCUUGAUCGGGUCGGUUUUUUAUCGCGAUGCAAAAGCAGACCGCGUACACGCGUGUGACGUCACGGGCGAACGAACUAUCGAAAGUAUAAGUUUCGGUCAGCGCGAGAAACCAGUUGCAGUCUUUGGCACAACGUCGAAGAAGGAUGAACCUCGUAGCAGCAGCAGCCGCCGUAUUUCUUUUGGGCGUCGCAGCAGCCAAUGUGGCAUUAGAGUUCAAAGCUGCCAAUAUCGAACCUGACAUUAUAGAUAUAUCGCCGAAUGAAACAAUCGAGAUUAAAUAUGGAAAGAAAGAGAUACAAUUAGGCACCGAGAUCACUCCAAGCGAAGCUAAAGACAUCCCUGAAAUCCACUACAAAUAUCAAGGCGGAAUUUUGUAUACGCUUGUGAUGACAGACCCAGACAUUCCGGUAAGAGGCUACAAUCGCGAAUGGCAACACUGGGUCGUUGGAAAUAUACCAGAAGAUAAAGUUGCCAAGGGAGAAGUUUUAACUGAAUACGUUGGUCCGGCACCUCCAAAGAAUUCUGGCCUUCAUCGCUACGUGUUCCUUUUAUACAGACAAAAUCAAGGCUCCAUUACCUUCGACGAAAGACGUAUCGGAAACAGGGACAAGAGAAGAAACCGUUUUUCAGUUAAGAGAUUCGCUAAAAAGUAUAACUUGGAAGGACCCAUCGCUGGAAAUUACAUGAAAGCACAAUACGACGAUUAUGUUCCUGUGGUCCAGAGGCAAAUUGGAAUUUACUGAUUGCAAACUGACAUUAUCAAUAAUCACGCACGCGCUUUUUCAUAAUACAGCUACACCGUACCACAUACAGCCUAAUGAGACUGACUGAUUUUGUGAAUCUCCUCAACCGUUUGGAUAUUUUAUAAUCUACAUUGCAACCGUGAUUGUUAAUACUAUUGACGAAAAUUAUUAAAUAUAUCGAGGAAAAAUAAAUUUUUUUUUAAAAUCGUAAUUGAAAAUGUUCGAUCGCUCACAGAAAUUAACUAAGAACCAAUGUGGGGUAAAGACACCAGUAGUCGGCUACUUUUUUACUACCUUUAAUAAAUAAGAUGCAGAAUCUUUAAAAUGGAAUUAUUUUAUGAAUGUUACUACUGAGGCUUUCGGAAGCAUAUCACGAAAAAAACAACAAUUAACAAGUAUUUUUUAUGUAUCUUAAUGCUAUGCUAAAAAUCGGUGUAUUUUCUUAUAGUCCCUGUGUCAAUGUAGAAUUUCUCAAAGUAAGUUUUUACGUACUUUUAACUGAAAAUUUUUUUAUAAACUUAUUAAAGAGUAUUAAAUAUUGAAUACCGACUCAUAAAAUUAUUAAUAAAACAUUAAGAGUUAUUUUUGAUUGCGUCCGACUACAAAUACUCAAAUUAAAAAAUAUUUUAAUAGUCGGCACAUAUUAAAUCUUUCAAAUUUAGAGAUCACUCAUUGUGCUUUUUCAAAAUUUCUUUUGAAUUCUGUAGACAGUUAAACAAAAAUGAGUGAAAGCAUCGAGAAUUUCAUAUCGAAAAGCGAUUGAGACAUACGUGCAAUAAAAAAAAUCACAAUUAUACCAAUGCAUUAAAGAAAAAAGAAAAAAAUCAACUUUGAGCAUAACUACAUGGUUAUGUACCAAAUGAAAGUCCACGUAUAGGUCCAGAGUCCACAGAUAUUUUGCAAACAUACUUUGUAUUAGUUUAAACUCGAAGUAAAUCUUAAUUGGCUGUCUACUAAAAUGUAUUCACUCUAUUAUAAUUAUUUUUACGCGAGUUAUCAUUGAAAAAACUAUUAGUUGUUAUUUUAUUAGUAAGCGACUCGAUAUAAUAAUCUGAGCUUAACUAAUCUAGUUGAACUAAUUUCAUUUAUAAAAUAGUUAUACAUAAAAAUGUUAAGUUCUAGUUUGAUGAUAAAAAACGUGUUAUUCUAUAAGGGCGAGACUGCAUCAUUGAAUUUAUAAGUAGUACUUUUUUUAAAAGUUCAAAUU